GCUUGGCGUGUACCCUAGUCCGUUUGCCUGAGUUUCGGCCGAUCGGUACGGCGACGGUAGCCGCGCGAUUCGGCACGGCGUUCUCCGUCGAUCGGUCGGACUAUCGAUCAAACGUCGUCGCGUCUACGUGUGACAGUGGUGAUCUGUGUCCUGCUUGUUUCCAUCAUCGAGACCGCGAAUCUAUGAUCAGCCAUAUGUCGAUCGCGAGUAUGCAGUGUCAUGUCCGUGUCGUCUGAGAACCCGCUUCCCGUUGCUACCGAGUUUAAUGUCAUGCAAAUCGAGUUCUUUUAGAUAGUUCGGAGAUGAGCACGGAUAUGUAAUUUAAUAUACUGUGGUGAGUACUAUAUAGUGUGCAGUGAAUAUGCGGAAAACAAUUGGUAUUUGGUUCGCCAAUCGAUGUGCAUGAAUCACGCUCGAGCUACAACAAAUAAUAAGUGUCCCGAUUAAGAAAGAGCAAUGCUGAAGAAGGAAAUGCAUGAAACAGAAAAGUGAUCGUGUCGUUGGAAUAGAGGAUGAGUAGAAUUUGGUAUCGUAUAUUUACUAAUAAUUAUAUACAAAAGAGAAAAUAAGCUAUAUUAUAAUCAGAUUCAUGCUCAUCUUUGCCUUCUCGUCUAAACAAAUUUCUGCAGUUGCUAUAAUGACGCGAUGUUUUGACAUAAUAAACACACAGUUCAUGCUCAAAAACUAGACGGAAGUUAAACAGUGAAACAUUUCUCGAGCGAAUUUACGUGAAUAGUGUGUUUUUCAAGAUCCAUAAAAGAUCACAUUGAAAAAAACAAUUUACCUGCAAUUAGCAAUAAGUUGUUCCCUUGUUAUCACGCAUUUGUUAUCUCAGAGGAUCGAAGCAAACUGCCAGUGUAAGUGCGUCUUAUGCGCAGUAAGCAACAAGCGUUGGUGCACCUCGAAGAAGAUUUGCCUCAAUCGCAGUUGUCCAACUCCAGCAAUCUGCAUCUCGGCAAUCACUUGCAGAAUUUGGUCCACGUAAGCAAAGAGCUCUCGACCGUGAAGACGAGGCCGACGACACCCGUCCUGGCGAACGACGGAGGGGGCGGCUUCUGGCUGGCCACGGUGGCCGCGGGGGCGAAUACCCCAGCCGGGCUGCCCCCGCACGGGACCCAUCAUCCAGCCAUGGACCCGACAUGCGGAGCCGCCGAAACCGGCUUUAUCAACAGUCAGCCCUCCAUGGCCGAAUUUAUGACGGCGUUGCCGCAAUUAGCCGGGGACAGCAGCCUACAACACUCACCGGGGACCGGUGGAUCCAUCAGUCCUGGCGCUCAUCAUCCCGCGUAUCAUACCAUGAUGGAUCCCCACAGUGUCGCUGACCCCUCGGGUGUCAAUGUUCCCGAAUAUCCUUGGAUGAAGGAGAAGAAAACCACUAGGAAAAGUAAUCAGCAGGAGAAUGGCUUGCCAAGAAGAUUGCGAACGGCCUACACGAAUACCCAACUUCUCGAGCUGGAGAAAGAGUUUCAUUUCAACAAGUAUCUUUGUCGACCGCGAAGGAUAGAGAUCGCAGCAUCACUAGAUCUUACAGAAAGACAGGUGAAGGUUUGGUUUCAAAAUCGGCGAAUGAAACACAAGCGACAGACGCUCAGCAAAGAAGAUGGCGACGAGAAGGAUGGUUCCACGUCGGACGGCAUGGAGAAAUCUAAAGGCGACAAAAUGUUAUCUCCUGAUAACGACGAGAAGAAGAGCUGUCAUAACUGUGAUAUUUCGGGCGUAAGCGAUGUCGGUAGCACUCUUACCGGCGACGUUACCGAUUUAGGUUCUUCUGGCCGAAGAAGCAGCAACAACAACAACACACCUGGCGCGACUAAUAACAAUAACAAUAAUAACAGUAGUACCGGUUUCAACACGAAUAGCAAUGGUGCCAGUAGCGUCGGCAGCACCAACAGCGUGUCUAGCUCGUUUGAGAAGAUGAUGGUGGACGACGAUUCGAGGUCGCAGGAUGGGAGCGAAGUGACAUCACCGAGCGUGACGAAAAAAUUGUCGGGCGAGGUGAGAGUGAAGGUCGAGAGCGAUCACAAGAGUCCGAACACCGCGAAGCAGCAGCAGCAGCAGCAGCAACAGCAGAUAUCGGUGAGCAAGAAAUCGCCAUCGGCCAGCGGGAAGGACAUGUGCUCGGUUAACAGUAACGGCGUAUUACUGGCCAUGCCGGACUCGACUGUCAGCACGCCGGUUCUGCCCGGUCAGAAUUCCACGAGAAGCCUGACGCCCUCCUCGACACCCGGCACCCCCGUCUCCGUUCAGCUUCAACAAGGCAGUCCCCUCGGCAUCCAGCAGACCACUCACGCGGCCUACAUGCAGAGACCGCGUAGCUCACCGUCCUCCACGACCGCGUUACCGGCGCCGAUAUUGCACGCCUCUGCGAAUCCAGGCACGAUGUCGCCUCACGGCGGUCGAGGCAUCUCGGGCAAUCAGCAGGCGCACUUCCAGCAGCAGAGUGUCUAUCAGUCGACGCCGGCUGUCGAUUAUCGGAACGGCCUGCCCGCCAAUAGGCAGAACAUACCUACAGCGACGCAACAGACACAGUCACAGAAUAGUUACUGCUCCCGAGACGCGUAUCAGCAACCAAGGAUUUCUUAUCCCGGUGAAGUGAACUCUCUGUACGUCAGACAGAAUCAAUCGGUGAGCUCGAGGAUGGCGCAUCACGCCCGAACGACGACGGGCGCGACAUCGAGGUCGAUGUACGGCGCCGCCAAUAUGCAGCAGUUUCAUCAGCAGCAACUCCAGUACGGCAGCACCGGGGAGUACAAUGGGUAUCCGCAGGCUGGGCCGCCCUAUCACGCUUAUCACCGAGGUAUGCAGAACGCCGCCAACGCCUAUGGCACCGGUCAAGGAUACUCGGCGACUCAGAACGAGCAGGGCACAAACGACGGUUACAUGACGCCCGGGAAUUACUCGGGUUACUCGACUGGCGGCAAUUAUCAUGGAACCGGUGAGAACCUGGCGACGCACGGCCACGCCGUCGUGCCCGGUCAGCACGGCUAUUUCAACGACAUCCAGCAGCAGCAGCAACAUCCGCAGCAACAUACCGCCGAAGGCUACGUCACCCAUCAACCGCCAAUGCAUCCUAGUUCCAGCGACUAUCGGCCAAGCGGCAGCAAGUGUCAUCCAGGCGCGUAUUACGAGCAGACCGGUCAGCUGCACGUUCAUCAGGGAGGGGAGGCGUCCAACAUCCCUAACAGCUACGUUUCAUCCCCCGAUCCGUUCCCAGCACCCGGUAUGACGACGACCGCGACGGCGAUCGCAGCCGCCACCGCGGCGGUUAUCACGCCACCCGGGAGCACUGGCCAGAUUGACAGUAACAACGAAUCCUACGGCAAUUAUGGCAAUUUCUACGGCGAUCCGGUGCAUUCAGCUGCGACGGCGGCACCGCCGCCACCGUCCGCCGACAACAGUAACAGCUCGUCCGAUUUUAACUUUCUCAGCAAUCUGGCGAAUGAUUUCGCUCCCGAAUACUAUCAGCUCAGCUGAGUCCACGAGACAGAGAACUCUUGCCAGCUGGACUGGGGCGACGAGCAAUGCCUGCUCAAUGCUUUGUACUGAAGCCACCUAACCGUCGUGAUAAGAGCCGCUUGUGAGAGUGAUUUGUACAUACGUUAGUGUACUCGUGAUUCAUUAGGACUACGUGUAAAUGAAUAUUGUGUGCAAAAAUGCAAUGGAUUGUCGCUCAGAUUAGAAAUACCAUCCACAGCGUGUAUGUCUAUACGUUAGUCACGUUUGUGACCUUGAUUGUUGAAUAAUUCUUUAGUUUAAAGUAAUUUCUUUUGUGAAUUUGCAUAAUUCCUUUCGGAAUUAUUUUUGAGUCGUGCUUAAUCAAGAUGAAAGGACUGAUUUAGAAUAAUUAUAUAAUAAAUAUAUAAUAAAACCUGAAAUGUGUGUGGGAUUUAAACUGAAGUUCGACAACUGCGAGCAUAUCUCAAGUAAUUCGGAGAAAAUGUCGAUUGCACUUGAUUGCAACGAUAGCCUGGAAUUAUAAAUUUGCCAUCUCGAUUUGCAUUACAUUACAUUCAAGUAAAAUGUCAAUUUUAAUAUUUCUCACCAUCGAGCAGGAUGUCAGUCUAUCAAUUUACAUUCCAAACGUUGAAGUAUAUUUCGACAAAUAUAAAACAGUGACAACGAGUGCAAUGGUUGUGUUAAUUUCAAACUGGGGCGGGAAUUAAAAACGCAAAAAGUUCUCUCCCUCAUCCUAGAAUUUUUUAAAAUGUGAAUUUUUCAAAGUGAAUUUAUCGCCACCGUCUCGAUUCGUGAAACACUCUUAGUCGCAGGAGACGAAGUGUCCUGUAAGUGAUAUUAGAUUGAUAUACAUAUAUAUAUACAUAUAUAUAUAUAUAUAUAUAUAUAUAUAUAUAUAUAUAGGUGUGGUUUACAAAUGUGCACGAGAAAUGUAAAUACGUCAAAAAGUUUGCUAUCGUGGAAUGGAAAUUUUGAUUUCCCGCGCGAUUCUCGUGAAAACGUGAAAACACGAGGUGUAAGUGCAAUCUCUUCUUGUGACGCGAACGGUCUCCGCAUUAGCGUAUCUCGUUAGGGUGUUUGUAAACUAAAACAUGCAAAUUACCGAAGCAAUGUUUCUCUCGUUCUCGAUGUAAUACGUUCAUUGGCACGCUCGGCUCGAGCAUUUAGCCGUGCUUGAAAAUCUUGAAGAAAUUUCUCUAAAUUACGCAUCUGCAAGUAAUUUAAUUUUUACGUGAUAAUCAAUAGAGCGAUAAACAAGAGAUUAUACUUGAUUUCAAACGACGAAACGAGACGAGUAGACGCAUGAGCAAUAAUUAACAAUUACACAACGUGUAUAU